CGGUUUUUAGCCCCGCCCCUGUCCCCUUCCCCGCCCUGUUGCUGUUGCGCCGCCGCUGGUUGCUUCCCCCGGACCCCCCACCAUGGAAGAGACAAUAGGAGAGCCUCCCACCUCAGCUGUCUUGCUGGACCACUGUCACUUCUCUCAGGUCAUCUUUAACAGUGUGGAGAAGUUCUACGUCCCUGGAGGGGACGUCACAUGCUAUUACACCCUCACGCAGCAUUUCAUUCCGCGUCGAAAGGACUGGAUUGGCAUCUUUAGAGUGGGAUGGAAGACAACCCGUGAGUAUUACACCUUCAUGUGGGUUACAUUGCCCACUGACCUGAACAGUGAAGCAGCCAAACAGCAGGAAGUCCAGUUCAAAGCUUAUUACCUGCCCAAGGAUGAUGAGUAUUACCAGUUCUGCUAUGUGGAUCAGGAUGGUGUGGUCCGGGGAGCAAGUAUCCCUUUCCAGUUCCGUCCAGAAAAUGAGGAGGACAUCCUGGUUGUCACCACUCAGGGUGAGGUGGAAGAGAUUGAGCAGCACAACAAGGAGCUGCGCAAAGAGAACAAGGAGCUGAAGGACAGCUGUGUCAGCCUCCAGAAGCAGAACUCAGACCUGCAGGCCGAGCUCCAAAAGAAGCAGGAGGAGCUAGAAACCCUAAAGAGCAUCAGUAAGAAGUUGGAAGAGACAAUGAAAGAGCAGAAGGACUCUUGGAAGACAGAGCUACUUCAACUGAAAGAACAAAGCCAGAAGAUGUCCUCAGAGAAUGAGAGGAUGGGAGUCAGAGUGGAUCAGCUUCAGGCCCAGCUAUCAACUCAGGAGAAAGAAAUGGAGAAGCUUGUUCAGAGAGUUCAAGAGAAGACGGAGCAGGUGGAACAGCUGAAAAAAGAAAAUGGGCAGCUCUUUCUCAAUUUAACUGAACAGAGGGCGCACCAGAAGACACUCGAGCAGACAGUGGAGGAGAUGAAGCAGCAGAGAGCUACUGCAGCGAAGAAACAACAGGAGUUAACGGACCAGAACUUUGACCUGUCGAAAAAACUGAAUGAGAACAAGAUUAUAUAUAGUACUCUACAGAAAGAGAAAGAGAGAAUGGAAAAAGAAAACGAUCUUUUGAAGAGGGAGAACAGCAGAUUGCUGAGUUACAUGGGUCUGGAUCAUGACUCUCUGCCGUAUCAAGCACCUACUUCAAAUCCAAGAGGUGCAAGACAAAGCCCAGGACUCGUCUAUGGAAACCCAUAUUCUGGUAUCCAAGAAAGUUCUGCCCCCAGCCUGCUCUCCAUCAAGAAAUGCCCCAACUGCAAAUCAGACUUUGGUGAUGACAUUUUUAAUCACACCUUGGAGCAGGAUGUGCAGAGCCUUUCUUUGAGUUGUCCAUUUUGUGACAAGAUCUUCCCAGCAAAAGCGAAGCAGAUCUUUGAAGACCACGUGUUCUGCCACACUCUAUAAGUGUCCCAGCCUUUAGGAUCUAUACUGUCCAUGGAUUGUAUAGAGUAGAACCUUUAGCUUCUACUAUGAGUUAUGACCCAAGAUUCUGCCUAACCUGAAUUAUUAAGGAUUUACUUAGUCCUGCUGCCCUGUAGGUGGAAUCAUGUUGAUUAGCUGAAGCAUAGUGUUAAGGGCUCUAACCUCCAUCCUUGUGGGUUACUACCUUUGAAACCACGAAGCUCACUACCUUUUAAAUCACAAAGCUCUGGCUAUGUCAGCCUCGCGCCUAAAGUGCCCAUUCUCCCGAGGGUCUCCAGGAUAAGAGCCCUGGCGUGGAGCUGACUCGGCUCUUCACCCCAGACCUAGCUUGAGUACUAAGUGAGUAGUUUCCCAAGUUGUCCCACUGCCACCCAAGAUCAGGCUCUGAGUGUGUUUGGACUCAGUCCUCAGUCCCAAUCCUGGGACUGAGGUUGAGAAUUUCUUCUCCUCAGGCCUCUUCCUCCAAUUGAUUGCAUUAGACUAACCAAAAAUAGCAUGGCGGGGAACUCAGAUAGCCGGUGUGGGUACCAGAGGUUUCUCAUCUUGAUUUCACAGCUCUCAGCAGAAGCGUCUUAUUUCUGAACCAUGGACAUGAAAUAUUAUUUCAGUCACAGAAAGUCUUCUUUCUCUCUGGAUACCUCUGCUUGGCAUUUUCUACUCAAGUAUUUCCUGUACACAUAACUUUUAUUGUAAAUCCUUUCUUAAUGGUUAGUAGGACUUGUUAGAAACGGUAUGGGUUUGUAAUUUUCUGAGCAGGUGAGUUUGAAUAUGGGUAAGUCAGAAUAAUGGAACUAUUAAUUGCUUUAAUAUUAAAAAUAAACUAGUCCUUUACUUCAGGGAUUUUGGUAAUUUAAAAUAAACCUUGAGUUUA